GUAUCAGAAUUCUACUAUGAAUCAGUUGAAUACACGACGUGGAAGAAUCCAAAACCAACAUGUAGAAUGGCAACACCAGAUAUAGAAUAUGACGAUUUUUCUAUAGAUAUCAGACAGAAGCUAACACACGAUGAUUUGUGGCUAGGGUACUACAGAGCGAUGAUUGGCUUUGAAUAUUUUGGAUGUGUAAAAAAUACAAGUGUAAAAUCCAUGAACACAAUACAUAUUGAAAUUAAUUCUCCUGGCCAUUGCUAUUCUGCUUGCGGAAAAUCGGUAGAAAAUAUUGGACUGAAAGAUAGGGAGUGUUUCUGCUUAGAUGCCAUGGAACCAGAUCCGAUAAGCGAGUCAUCGUGUAAUUUAUCAUGCCCAGCCCCUUCCCUUAACAUAGCAUGCGGUGGAAAGUUCCAUUUGUCCUUGUACAGGAUAAAUCCAAAUGUAUCAAGCAUUACCAAUACUUUAGGAAACAGCAAAAAAGACAGCAACUGUGUUAGGCACGAAAACGACAACACGCUGAGUUGGUAUGCAUGCAAUGGACCGUUAGUAAUCAUGUGUGAAUUUG